AUGAAGGAAUCAUUGCCAUUUAGUGAUGAGCAAAUUGCACAGCUCAAAUUAUUCAUUGAGUCGUGCAAAUUGCAGCCAAACGUUCUUCACCAUCCUAAACUUACUUUCUUCAAAAGCUACUUACUCUCGCUAAGAGCUCAACUCCCAAAGCAAGAAGAGACAAAGGAAUCCGAACCUGCUCCUGUGAGUGAAAGUGAAGAAAGUGAAGGAAGUGAUUUGGAACUUGAUACAACCAAUGUCAUAGAACCAGAUACAGAUGAGCCCCAGCCUAUGGGUGAUGUAGAUGCGGAACCAACAGAAGAACAGAUUGACCAAUCCAUAGAAAAACGUUCAGCAGCAAUGUCUGAAUAUCGCGCCAAAAACUACGAUAAAGCCAUCCAGCUCUAUACAGAGUCCAUUGAGUUGGACCCUACAUCGCCGAUCUCGUUUGCAAAACGUGCCCAGGUCUACAUCGCCUUGAAAAAACCAAACGCCUGCAUUCGUGACUGUGAACGUGCCCUUGAGAUCAAUCCUGACAGUGCACUCGCGCAUAAAAUGCGGGGUAGAGCAAAUCAGCUGUUGGGUAAUUGGGAAGAUGCUGCUAGGGAUUUGAGAGUAGCUGUCAAGUCUGAUUUUGACGAAGAGGCUAAUGAAUGGCUGAAUGAAAUUACACCAACUGUUUUCAAUAAUCUAGCCACAACUCGCCAUUGUUCCUCAAUACUCGACAUAUUAAAUAAUAAUGAGAAUAAUCAUGAUAAGAAUAACAAUAGUUACAUUAAAUCAGAAGUAUAUCAACAGAAGGUGCACAAUAUCUCUGUCGGCGGCUGUAAACUUAUGUACAGCAUUUGCAAAUUUUUAAGAGACAGUUGA